AUGGCAUAUAUGCGCUCAGCUACAUCCAAGGAACAAAUGGAUACAGAAAUUGGAAGAUUCGUUGAAUAUCUACUCGAUACAGAGACAACAUCAGAAGUAUCAUAUAGUCAGACGAUGUUAGAGAAACAUGAAUUGUAUCAUGCACGUUAUCAAUCCAAUUUUGAGAAAAUCGCUGAUCAAAAACUACAACAAUGGGAAGAUUUCUAUCAAAAAGAAAAAAUAGAUAUGGCUAAUCGAAUUGCAUUAAAUAGUGGAAACAAGGUUUCAGAUAAUAAAUCAGAAGAAGAAUCAUCAUCGGACAGUGAAACUGACAAAUCUUUCCAAUCACAACCUUAUCAUAAAAAUCAGGCAUCACAAUUGAAUACACUCCCCGAAGUUCAUAUUGAUCCAGUUGGUCAAUGUAAACGUCUUCUUCAAUUUCUAUAUCAUUGUCAACAAGAUCAUACUCAUUUUACUAAUCUUUAUUUUCAUAUUCUUGAUCAAUGUAUGAGAAGUGAAUAUGAACAGAUUAGUGCUACUGCUUUACAACAAAUUGCUCUACAUCUUUUGGACGGUGUAAAUGAUUCAAAACAAUAUCAACGUUCAAUCAAAUAUCUUCCAACAGAUUUAUCAUCUCCUAAUAUUUCCGCACUACACAAGCCUAUCUUAAAUAUAAUCGAAACACUUCUCUCAACAAAUAAAACGAGCGAAAAUAUAAAAACAAGUAUGUUAUCCGAGAAGCUCGAUAUUCUCUGUCCUUAUAGAGCAUGUUUUCUCGAUGUACGACGUGAAUUUCGUGAUAGUACAUGUUAUUUUAUUGAUGGUGAUUCAUUACUUCUAUCCAUGGCUCAUCACAUAAAUGUAGAUCUCAUUGCUUACUAUGGAAAUACUCUUCAUGUUAUUUUUAUUAUUGAACGUAUUCUUCUAAUACUUUUCAAUCAAACACAACAAUGUAACUAUACUUUACUCUUUUUUGAUUGUAAUUAUCAAUUUUAUCAACAAGAACAAUCAAUAUUAAAUCUUAUUCGUUCUUGUCUUAUUGCUCAUCUCUCGAAAAAUAUCGAUAAAUAUGGAUCAUCAAAAAUACGACAAUUUGCAUCAUGGCUUGAUGAAGAAUAUACCAAAUUUACUCAUGAAGAAAAACCACAUUUUAUAUUUUAUCAUGAUAUGUCAAGUUUUAAUAUUAAUGAAGAUCAUUUACUAACAGAAAAUACUUUAAAACAACUUGUUUACAUCUAUCGUUUAUAUGGUAAUUAUCAUCAAUAUCAUUUACAAUGUCGUUUAUAUGUUAUGAAUAAAUUAAUAUUAACAAAUACAUGUAUUAAAUGUUUUGAAAUUAAAUUCUUUGGAGAAUGUUCUAGACAAUUCUUACAGAACACAAUUAGUAUACUACCAGCUUUUGAAAGUACUACUCGUGUUAAAGAAAAUGAAUGGAUUGAAUUUGAAAAGAAAAUAUGUAAAGAAAUUAAUCAAAAUGAUAUACGCCUUUUUCUCUAUCUUAAAACAAUCUUGGGUUUUAUGGAAAAGGAAAAUGAUCAAUCAGAAGAAAAAGAUUUAUUUAAUCUUCUUAGUCCAUUACUUCUUCUUCACGUCGCUCUUCUUAUACGCUUAUCAUUAGUUGAUCGGCAUCUUUCAACAGAUUUACCUUCUGUUGAAUUCAGUCCGAUCUUUUCUCAAUUAAUUAUUCAAUUUCAACAAAACCUUGCCAUGUCCAUUUCCUCAUGUUCUUCAUCGUUUUUAUCUUGGUCGAAAAUAAUUGAUGUAUUCGAUGGACGCCUUUUUGCCUUUACUCUCUAUCAAUUAAAUCAAUCAUCAAAGAUGAAAUUUGAUUCCAACACAAUUGAUAUUGUUCAUGAUUGUUUAUCGUAUUUGAAACAUUCAACUGAUGAAUAUAUAUUUCAGAAUACAAUACAACAGUUAAUUCAAUCGAAACAUAUUAUCUUUUCACCUGUACUCUCCCAGGAAAAAGUAAUUGUAAUAAAAAAACAAAAAAUUACUAAAAUAUCAAAUACAUUUAUUGAUAUUUAUUUAAAACCAAUACUUUCAACAAUCGACGGAAUGACAUUCGAUUUUAUCAAUCCUAACGAAAGUCAUUUAGCUCGAUAUGAAGGAAAAUAUCAUUGGCAUGUAUACAAAGAGGUUGGCGAUGAGAUAAGUCGUGUACGAGAUAAUGAUGAACAAGAUAGAAAUUCUACCAAAUACCGUUUUCGAACUCGAAAUCAACAAAAAUUUUAUACUUAUUUCACAUUGUAUGGUAAUUCACUUACUAAUCGUGAUGUGCAAGACAAUCAUUUACAACAUAUUCUUCCUACUGUUUCAACAUCUGUAUUAACUAAUAAAGAAAUAUCAAAUAAUACAACUGAUUCUAAAAAGAAACAAACGCCUUUGAAAAAAGCUGAUAAAAUUCGAGAGGAAAAUAAACAACAAAAAAUGGGCAAACGUGUGGAAGAAGAAACAAAUCAGAUUAUUGUUAUUGAAAAUUUAUUACAAAAAAUUCCAGCGGAUAAUUAUUCGAAAGCUAUUGAUAUUAUUGAUGAAGGUUUAGCUAAAUUCGAAACAUCAACUACUCGUCUUGAAUUAUUGAAAAAGAAAUUUCGCGUACAACGAAAAUAUUUACAAUUAUUAAAAAAGGAAAAUAACUUAACUGAUGUAGAGAAAUUAAAAAUAGAUUAUUUUGCUACAAUGACUGAAAUGGCUCAUCUUGAAAAUAUAGUUGAUGUAUUUAAUAGAAAGAAAAAAUAUUUAGAAGAACUUAUUGAUGAUUUACCAUUAGAUCAAGAAAAAUUGUAUCGAUUUCAAAUGGAAAAAAUCAAUAGUCGAUUACCAAGACGUGAAGAAGGUUUACCCGAUAAUCGAGUACCUGAUUUCAUUCCAGAUCAAUGGCAAGUAAAAUUUCUUGAUGCUGUUGAUAAACGUCAGUCAAUUAUUAUUGUUGCACCAACUGCAUCAGGUAAAACUUAUGCAUCUUACUAUGCUAUGAAUAAAGUACUGAAAGAUAACCAUGAUUCACAUGGUAUUUGUGUGUAUAUAGCACCAACUAAAGCACUCGUCAAUCAAGUUGCUGCUACAAUUCAUUCGAAAUUUGGUCCUGUAUUUGGAAUAUUUACACGAGAUUAUCGUCAGAAUAUGAGUACAUGUCGAAUAUUAGUAACUGUUCCACAAUGUAUGGAAAUUCUUCUUUUAUCUCCAUCUCAUCAACGUUGGUGUCAACAAAUAAAAUAUGCAAUUUUUGAUGAAAUUCAUUGUAUGUCUGGUGAAAUUGGAGCAGAUGUUUGGGAAAAAACUAUGUUACUUAUUAAUUGUCCAAUGAUUGGUUUAUCAGCUACAGUUAAUAAUGGAGAAGAAUUAUCUCAUUGGAUUACAAAUGUUGAAAAACAACGAUCGAAAUUAUUUAAAACAUCAAAUCCUCGACAAGUAUGUUUAAUCGUUCAUCAUGAACGUAUAGCUGAUUUAAAUAAAUAUUUAUAUUCAAAUCAAAAAUUACAUUCAAUUCAUCCAGUAGGAGUUAUGAAUACAAAACAAUUAAUAACACGAGGUGUACCUAAAGAUUUUUCAUUAUCACCUUGUGAAACAUUACAACUUAAUGAUGCAAUGAAUCGUAUACAUCAUAAGCAAACAAAGGAGGAAUAUAAAUCAAUACCAUCAUUGACAGAAUAUUUUUCUCCUAAUUGGGUUAUUGAACGAAAUUUAUGUAAUAAUUAUUCCAAACUUGUUUGUAAUAAAUUCAAUGAUUUAAUUGAGAAAAAAGAAUCUUCGGCUAUUAAUUCAAUUAUAAAUACUUUGAAACCAACUGUUUCAAAUUAUCCUGAACGAAAACCAAUAUUAUCAUUAAUUAUUGAUUUUAUUUUAACUCUCAAACAAAAAAAUCUUCUUCCUUGCAUUAUUUUUUCCGAUGAUCGAUUAUUAUGUGAAAAGAUGGCUGGAAGUAUUGUUAAAUAUCUUCAGAAAACUGAAUAUAAACUACGAAAAACAAAAUAUAAAAUACAAAUUGAAGAAUUAAACAAACGUUUAAAUGUCAUUGAAAAAAUUAAACCAAAAAAACCAUCAAAAUUAUCUAAUGAAGAUAAUUGUGAUGAAUUAAAAAUGAUGAAAGAAGAAACAAAUCCAAUAUUAUUAUCCGGAUAUGAACAACAAUUAUUAGAUGGUGUUUUAAAUGAAGGUACAUUAACUAAUCGACAAGGAUGUAAUCAAGAUUUAGUUGAUUCAUUAUUAAAACGAGCAACUUAUGAAAAUCCUAAAUUAGUUCAAUAUAUGAAACGAGGUGUAGCUUAUCAUCAUGCUGGAUUAAAUAAUAAAGGUCGAGUUGCUGUUGAAGCUCUUUUUCGUAAUCGAUACAUUCAAGUUGUUUUUUCUACAUCAACACUUGCAUUGGGUAUUCAUAUGCCAACAAAAACUGUUGCAUUUGUGAAAGAUUCAAUUUAUCUUGAUGCUUUACAAUAUCGACAAUCAUCAGGUCGUGCUGGUCGUCGUGGUUUUGAUAUUCAAGGUCAUGUUGUUUUUAUUGAUAUUCCAUUAUCAAAAAUUCGUCAUUUAAUUAUAUCAGCAAUUCCAAAUAUUCAUGCACAUUUUCUAACAAGUGUUACAUUUCUUAUGCGUCUUUUUCAUUUAUGUUCAAAUGCUAAAGAUACAAAUGAUGCUAUAAAUCGGUCAUUAAUUGUAUUACAAUGUCCUUUUCUUACACAAUCACCUAUGAAAUAUGAACUUAUAGAUAUUCAAACGCAUUUUCAUUUUUUAUUUACAUUAGAUUUUCUUUAUCGAUUAGAUUUAAUUAAUGGACAAGGUCAAUUAAUUGGUUUAGCUGGUCUAUUAAGUCAUUUACAUUAUUUUGAACCAACAAAUAUAUUACUUGUUUAUUUAAUGGAUACUCGAUUAUUUCACUUAGUCAAUGAUCCAUCUGAAAUUAUGACUGUAUUUGCUUAUCUUUUCACUAAUAUGCCAUGGUUAAUUACUCGUCAUACAUAUGAAGAUCUAUCGGACUUUCGAAAACAAGAAAAAUUCAAUUCAAAACUAUUUUUACCACCAAUAUCUAAACAGUUUCGACAGCGUAUUAAUGUCUAUAAUAGUAUAGUUAAAGAUGUUUAUGGAUGUUAUAUAGAAAAUAUUACACGAUAUUUACGUUCUAAAAAUAAUCGACAAGAAGAACUUUUACCAUUUUCAAAUAUUUCAUUUAUACAAAAUUUCGAUUAUGAUAAUGGAACAUUUGAAUAUAAUCUUCAUCAUCAUUAUUCACAACAAACAUAUAAUCCAUCUAUCUCUCCUUUUGCUGCUGUAUCUGGUCUUACUCAUGAAAAAUUUAUGUUAAAUUACAAUCCAAUUAUUGGCUCAUGGGAUCUUGUCUAUGAUCUUGAUUUAUCAUCAAAAAUUGUUCCAUUUGUUGAUCUUGAUUGUUGUGAUCAUACAAAUACAGCAUAUUAUAUGAAUAGUUAUGCAUUGGAUUUUUUUAAACAUGGUUCUCAAACAUUGUUAAACCUAGAAAAUGAAUUAAACCUUGGUGAUAUAUAUAAUUAUCUAUUAGAUUUUAAUCUUGUACUUUCAUCAAUUAAAACAUCGUUGGAAGUCAUUAUAGAAAAUGAAAGAAAACAGACGACAAGUGAUGAUUUAGAUUUUUCUUUACCAUUAUAUCAAUCUAUAUCAAAUUUACAAAGUAUUUUUUCAAGCAAAUUUAACAGACAAUACCCUGGUAGAAAUCGAUUGUAA